UUUUAUUUUGAUCUUUAAGUUUAAUAUUUUGUUGGAAAUUAUUUAUUCCUAUUUAAACAAACUUUCCUCAUUUGUUUAACCCUCUGCCGCCCCAGCAGUUAAAAACUCAAACCGAAAUGAAGCACGAAGUACAAAUUCCUGAAAAUGUUCAAAAAACUGCAAAGCGUGAGCUGCGUGAAGAUAAGAGUACCCGCGAGCAAAGCUUAGAGCAAUUUCGGAACUGGAUUAGAAAAAAUAAAGAUCUACACAAUGUGCGCGAUGAUGACACGUUCCUAUUACGUUUCUUGCGUGCUAAAAAAUUUAGUGUACCCAUGGCAGAACAAACGCUUUUGAAGUACCUAAACAUAAGACGUACCUUCCCACAUAUGAGCACGGAGCUAGAUCAUUUAUCAGUCACAAUGAAUGACAUUAUAACGAAUGGUUACAUAUUCGCCAGUCCAAGACGUGAUAAAAAUGGGCGUCGUGUUGUUAUUAUAAAUGCCAAAGGAUUCAAUCCAAAAAUAUAUACAAGUAGUGAUCAAGCCAAAGCACAUUUCCUCACAUAUGAAUGUUUAAUGGAAGACCAAGAGACCCAAAUUACCGGUAUCACACAUAUCGGUGAUUUCUCAGGAGUUAUGACUGCACACGUGACCAACUGGAAUCCAACGGAAUUCGCUAAGGUAUUCAAAUGGGGUGAGCAAUCUCUACCGAUGAGACACAAAGAAAUUCAUUUGGUAAAUGUACCAUCCACAUUAAAAUGGUUGAUUGAUUUUGUUAAAAAUCGUGUUAGUUCCAAGAUACGAGAUCGCUUAACAAUUUAUACAACUGAAGCUGAUCUAGUGAAGACUGUUGACGCUCAUUGCUUACCACGUGAAUUGGGUGGUGAAAUACCAAUGAAGGCAAUGAUUCAAAUGUGGAAAGCAGAACUGGCAUCUAAAAGAGAGAUGAUUUUACGUAUAGAUAAUAGCAAACUUUUGAGUGAUCGUGGUAUACAGGGCAAAGGAAGUUAUACUCCAGAAAAGGCAAGCAAUGGCACAAACUUUGUAUCCCAAAUAGAAUCCAUAGCUGGCAGUUUUCGCAAACUGGAAUUCGAUUAAAAUUUUGAAAUUAUUUAUAAUAUACGAGUAUAUAUAUAUGUUUUUGUAGUAUUAAAAUUGUAAUUA